AGUGUGUAACCACAAGUUUUAGCAACAAAAACCAAGAGCUCCCCAGAGAACCGGAAGCACGUGUUUCAGUAUAAUGCUUUCCAGCUAUUCCUGGAAAGUUGGCACCCUGGGCCAUUCACAAACAUUUUUUUUGAGUGCCCACCUGGGGGGGGGACAGGAAGGUAGCCCUCCUAGGCGCCGGGCACAUGAGCUGAUGGACUGGUUGACACCGAGCUCUCUAGAGCUCACCAAAGUGAGCAUCCAAAGCCCAAAAUGCUGGCCAAAUGAAGGGCGGCCGUGAUGCUGCUGAUCCCUGCUGUAAUUUUUUUUUCUUCCCCUGUUGCAGUAAAUCACGACUUCAACACCUUGGCUAAAGUGUCGCGUUCAGCACAGAGAUGGAGGUAAGAGGCAGAAAACAGAAGAACCGCGAGAGAAAUGGAUCCUGUCUAUUAAGGCAACAUGAUGCAGCCUUAAAAGGUUAGGAGGUUGCGAUCCCCGGGGCUAAGAGAAAGAAACUGCUGGCGGUGAACGAAAGGGGUGCUGGAGCGCAGCGAUCUCCAACCUUUCCCUUACAGCCAAACCCUGGCCAAUGCCACAAAUUUCAAAUCGCCUUAAAACUAAACUGUCUGGCGCUUAACGGUUCCUUCGGCUGAGCGAAACCCUUGGCUGCUGCUGAUUUAACUACAGGUCCGCGCGAGUUACUUUCCAGGGAACUGAAUUCAGAAGAAAGAAUCACCGAAGCCUUACUCCUAUUCCAAAAUUAGAAUUCCCUUUUUCUUAAGUCAUAUAGGAAACACACAGUUCACAAGUCCUGCGGUGCAAAGGUGUGAACCCUGGCCCAGGGAGGUGGUGACUCCCCCGCCCUCUGCCUCCCGGUUGUCCUGCUUCCGAAAGCAACCCACGACGGUCCCGCAGGGUGAGGGUUCCCUGGGAUCAGUUCCCUUGAAUCCGGAGAAUGCUACGCGGAGUCUCCCUACAGGGCUCCGCUGCUGUACGAGACCACUGAACCCCCUGAAAGCUUCCCUGGAGCCGAGCGCAUAAUCCCGGGACCCUCUCUGGAAGGCGCGCCGAGAGCGGUGCGCGUGGCCUGGCACCGGAAGGAGCCAGCUUCCGUGCUCCGAGGGACCCCCGGACAGCGCCCCGGGCCGCGCGUUCCUCCUCUGAUACCCGGGCGUCGGCGCCGGGAUCGGGAGCUUCGGGAGCCCUCCGGCACUAACGGUUUUCGCUUCCCUGGCGGGCAGCUGGACGAGGUCCCGCCGCUGCACCGGGAGGGACCGUGGGUAGAAAAAGCCGCUGCAGCGCCGGGGCGAUGGGGCUGAGGGCACCGUCACUUGUUGCGACCAAUAAACGGCGCUCGAUCCUGAUGCGCUGUUUCUAAAAUCUUUAGCUGUGUCCCGAUCCCUCCAACCCAAGCCCCUCGGCUGGGAGGAAGGGGCAAGCGAGAGCCGCUGGCGCUGUGGGAGGGAGGGGCGCCGCGCUCCAAGAGCCCCGGUCCCGCUCUGCUGCAGCCGCCCCGGGGCGCCCAGCCGCCCGCUUCCCUCAGCAGAGCGUCUUCCCUGACGGUGAAACCGCGCGGGACACAACCCACCGCGGCUCAUCACCCACUUACAAAUAGCUGUCGCUACGAUUCCCGCCACUCCUCUCAGACCGGCCCCCCCGCCACCUCUGCCACUUUUCGGAGUCCCCCGCCCUCGUCACUGCCUCCCUGGAGCUGCGGGGCAGUCGGACGCAGAGCUGCCGAACCGCGAGAACGCCUGGCCAGAGAGCUGCCCUCUGCAGCCGAGCCGGCGCCCCCUGCCCUUCACCGCCGCGCUGGGCGGGCGCCCCCGCCGCCCUCACUCCGCUCCUCCCGGCUCCUCGCGCGCAGGUCGCGGAGCUCCGCCACCGCUGGGUGCAGCGAGGCCGGCGCGAUGCGGCAGCUGUGCCGGGGACGAGUGCUGGGCAUCUCGGUGGCCAUCGCGCACGGGGUCUUCUCGGGUUCCCUCAACAUCUUGCUCAAGUUCCUCAUCAGCCGCUACCAGUUCUCCUUCCUGACCCUGGUGCAGUGCCUGACCAGCUCCACGGCGGCGCUGAGCCUGGAGCUGCUGCGGCGCCUCGGGCUCAUCGCCGUGCCCCCUUUCGGUCUGAGCCUGGCACGCUCCUUCGCGGGGGUCGCGGUGCUCUCCACGUUGCAGUCCAGCCUCACGCUCUGGUCCCUGCGCGGCCUCAGCCUGCCUAUGUACGUGGUCUUCAAGCGCUGCCUGCCCCUGGUCACCAUGCUCAUCGGCGUCCUGGUGCUCAAGAACGGCGCGCCCUCGCCAGGGGUGCUGGCGGCCGUGCUCAUCACCACCUGCGGCGCCGCCCUGGCAGGAGCCGGCGACCUGACGGGCGACCCCAUCGGGUACGUCACGGGAGUGCUGGCGGUGCUGGUGCACGCCGCCUACCUGGUGCUCAUCCAGAAGGCCAGCGCUGACACAGAGCACGGGCCCCUCACCGCGCAGUACGUCAUCGCCGUCUCCGCCACUCCUCUGCUGGUCAUCUGCUCCUUCGCCAGCACCGACUCCAUCCACGCCUGGACCUUCCCUGGCUGGAAGGACCCAGCUAUGGUCUGCAUCUUCGUGGCCUGCAUCCUGAUCGGCUGCGCCAUGAACUUCACCACGCUGCACUGCACCUACAUCAACUCGGCCGUGACCACCAGCUUCGUGGGCGUGGUAAAGAGCAUCGCCACUAUCACGGUGGGCAUGGUGGCCUUCAGCGACGUGGAACCCACCUCUCUGUUCAUUGCCGGCGUGGUGGUGAACACCCUGGGCUCCAUCAUUUACUGUGUGGCCAAGUUCAUGGAGACCAGAAAGCAAAGCAAGUACGAGGACCUGGAGGCCCAACCCAGGGGAGAGGAGGCGCAGCUAAGUGGAGACCAGCUACCAUUCGUGAUGGAGGAGCUGCCUGGGGAGGGAGGAAAUGGCCGGUCAGAAGGUGGGGAUGGCCCCGCUCAGCAGAGCAGGCAAGAGGUCAGGGGCAGCCCCCGAGGAGUCCCGCUGGUGGCUGGGAGCUCUGAAGAAGGGAGCAGGAGGUCCUUAAAAGAUGCUUACCUCGAGGUGUGGAGGUUGGUUAGAGGAACCAGGUAUAUGAAGAAGGAUUACUUGAUAGAAAACGAGGAGUUACCCAGUCCUUGAGAAGGAGAUGCAUGUAUGUACCUAUGUGCAUACACUUAUUUUUUAUGUUAGAAAUGACAUAUUUUAAUGAGAGGCCUCCCCAUUUUAUUCUUUGAGGAGUGGGAAAGGGAAGAAAAGAAAGAAGCUGAAAGGUACUGACACAGAGUAACAAAAUUAGUAACAAAAAACUAAAUUCACCUGUGUGAAUUUAGUGUGACUUCACCUGAGGCAUCACAGAGACAAAAGAAUGUGAAGGUACUUAACAAAGUAAGGCAAUGGUUUCUGCUUUAGACUCCUGGCACAUUUAAUUUUUGUCAUUAUAACCAUAACUAAAUAUCUGCAUGUACCAAGAGUCCCCAAGCCACCCGCUCCAAAGAUGGAGUGUAGAAAUGAUGAGAGCACUUAAUAAGUUCAAAGAUGACAUUCAGGGAUGCAUUUUUGAUGAUAGAACUACAGUUUUUAUCGCCAGCUGGGCAAAGAGUAUAUUGCUGAAAUGAUAUAUAAAUAUACUGAAUUGAUGUUUACUGAUUAUAGUCAUCUGAAAUACCAUAUUUACUCUGAUUCUACUCACUUGUUUUUUAAAAAUAGGCGUCCUACUACUGUAUUAUAUAUUGAUAGAAACUGUAAAAGCUAUUUUGCAAAUAUGAGUUCUUAGCUUUAAUCAUGAAGUCUAGUUUGCUUUUAGUAAUUAUUUUAAAAGUUGUUCCAUUCAUUGCUUUAUAAUAUUUAUUAUUGAAUGCCAAACCUGUUCUUUUUUUUUUUUUUUUUUUUUUUUUUUUUUUUACUGUGUCCAAUAUUCUUUCAAGCAAAUGCAAUGGCUGGAGCAUAAUUCAGAAUUAACUGAAACCCAGCCAGAAGAGGGACCACCUGUAAAGCAAGUCCUUUCAAGUUGUGCUGCACAUCCCAAACCAUGUUACAAAAAGAGCAACUGCUAUAUUCACAUUAUGAUAUUUUUCUAUCUUAAAUUUAUCAAAAUAAAGUAUGAGUCUAACUAUUAAAA